UCAAUAAAAAUGUUAAUUGCUUAAAGAAUGAAACAAAUGAGUUCAUUUUAAGUAUUAUUUUUUCUUGUAUAUUGAGGAUUGUUCUUUAUUAAAGAAAUGUUAUUUUUACUCAAUAAAUCGAUGGAAAAUCUGUAGAAUACUUGAUUACUAAAAUGAUUGAUAGCUGCAGCCCUACUGUGCACCACCUUCCAGCCUACAAUGAAAUCAUUGUAAAAUUUGCAACAUAAAUAUUUUCUUAAUAUUUGUUUUAGUAAUGUGGAUAAAGCCCCCUAAAAAUGGCCUAACAACGCCCAUGGUUAUUAACACUGUAAAUGUUUCAAAAAGAAAUGCAAAACCAGUCCUAACUGAAAGAAAACAAGUUGACAAAAAGAUAGAAUCCAAUGUUUGGUGAUAUUGGAAACACAACAAGUGUUAUAGGGUUUUGAACACAGCACAAGAGUUAAACUACAAGAGCAGAAAUUGACAAUAGAAAUGACAUAAUGUACUUCACAUUUAAAAUCUCAAAUGUGUUUUGUCACUCUGGUUUAUCAAUAUAAACUAUUUACUGUCUUCAUUUUAGAUAUGAUGGGAAUAAACACGGAUCAUCUACUUGAGCUGAAUGAAGUGGAUGAGAAACAUCAGAUUGUAAAAAUAAACCAUAAUGUUUCACAGAAAGAAACUCUGAAGACAGAAGACAUAAAGUGUGAAAAUAGUUUCAAUGAAGAUGAACGCCCUGCAGAUCACAAGAGGACUCACAGUGAGGAGAAACCCUUCACAUGUCAACAGUGUGGAAAGAGUUUUAGAAGAAAAGAUAACCUUAACUUACACGUAAGGGUUCACACUGGAGAGAAACCUUUCACAUGUCAACAGUGUGGAAAGAGUUUCAGAACAAAAGCUAGCCUUAACACACACGUGAGGAUUCACACUGGAGAGAAACCACAUGUGUGCCAUCAGUGUGGAAGGAGUUUUAUAACUACAGGUAAACUUAAGCAACACAUGAUGACUCACACUGGAGAGAAACCUUUCACAUGUCAACAGUGUGAAAAGAGUUUCAGAACAAAUGUUUACCUUAAAACACACAUGAUGAUUCACACUGGAGAGAAACCACAUGUGUGCCAUCAGUGUGGAAAGAGUUUUACAACUGCAGGUGAACUUAAGAAACACAUGAGGACUCACACAGGAGAGAAACCUUACACUUGUCAUCAAUGUGGAAAGAGUUUCUCUUCUGAAAGUACCCUUAAGGUACACACAAUGAUUCACACUGGAGAGAAACCACACGUGUGCAAUCACUGUAGAAAGAGUUUUAUAACUGCAUGUGAACUUAAGAGACACAUGAGGUCUCACACCGGAGAGAAACCUUACACUUGUCAACAGUGUGGAAAGAGUUUCUCUGUUGAAAGUAACCUUAAGGUACACAAAAGAACUCACACUGAAGAGAAACCGUUCACAUGCCAUGAGUGUGAAAAGAGUUUCAAAACAAAAUCUACCCUUAACUCACACAUGAGAAUCCACACUCGAUAGAAACCAUUCAUGUGUCAACAGUGUGGAUAUGGCAACAAAGUUUAGAAAUCAGCUGAGGUCUAAUAAUAAAACUGUCUGGAGGAUCCUUACUAAAAGUCUACAUGCGCACGAAAGGCCAAGAUGUCUGUACUUGUGUUCUUGUGGACUUGUGAAAUGUCAUCAGUCGUGGCCCAAGUACUGUUCCAAUCUCAAGUUUGCAUCAUGCCAAGUUCAAAUAACAUGCCCAGAUGUGUUUUUGAUCCGCUCAUUUGAUCGAGGAUGCAUCAGGAGGUGACUUGUGUGGACUUGUAUCAGCCAAGUUUUCCUGAACUUCAAAUCUGUGGUCAGUUAGUAAAGAUAGGACCUAAUAUUAAAAUUUCCUCUGACAAUUUUGGAUAUUUGAGUUCAAGUUGAUCAGCGGGCAGUCAGUGUCAUGUACACCGCCGAGGGCAGAUUCAUCUCUGCAAAUCCUUCUGAAAUGUGCCGCUGGCUCUGCCCUUCAGUGUCUGAUGGUCAAACAUGAAAUAUUCUCUUUGGAUAUAUAUCUAUCAUUUUUCUGUCUCUCUAUUAUUCAUAUGAAGUCUGUUAUUUGUUAUUAUAGUUUUAGCUGAUGUUAAUGUUAAGUUUCAUAACUUAAAUCACAUAUAUUUUCUAUAUAAUCUUAACACUGAAUCACUGCCUUUGUACUUUAACUAGAUUUUUUUCUUGUGUUUACUUCAUGUUGUACAAACAUUUUGUACUUUUAUAAUAAACGCGUGUGGUCAGGUUGCGGUGA